AGCGGGUUUGGGUUUAAAUGUCAACCCGGGUCCUAGAUUUGAUGCAAGUCUAAAUGUCAACCCGGGUCUUGUUAUCUAGCAAUGAAACUUUAAUGCAAGUCUAAACUAACAAACUAACAAAGCAAGUAAACAGUUGUAUUCAGGUUAAGAGAGGUCACCCGGAUAUGGUUCCCCCUAGACUGCAGUUAAGCCGGAUUGUAAUUACCAAGUUCAGUUUCUAUGAUAGUUAUACUGCGGAAGGUUCUUAAACAGCCUGAAGUCUCGACUAAAGGUCUUCAGACCCUCUCAAUCUGAGUCUCUAGCGGGCGACUAACCUCCACCGGAGUAAACAGAUUGAGGCCUUAACAAACAAAACCUCCACUACCGGAGUAAAUCCGGUACAGAAUAGUGAGUUGGCUCCUCGACUAAAGUCACCAACUCCCUAUCUUCAAUCAAGGAUGCUCUAUCAACCUAGGCAGAUAUUCUCAUUCUAGGUUAAAUCAGAAACAACAGGAUUUUGAUCAGGAUUCAAGUCAUUCAAUCAUUCAAACCUCAAUCGAAUAUAAUCAAAUCAUAGAAUCAGUACUUGGGUUCAUACAAUCAAACCUAACAUACAAAUCUAGGGUUCUCCAUACCCAGAUGAAUGGGAGAACUACUCCAUGGAGAAAGAAGCAAAAGCAGAAUCAGACGCGGAAUUCAUACUGUGAAGGAUGGAUUCCUGCUCCUGGACGUUGAUCGGCACUUCUCCAAGCUCAAGCUGGCCUCCAAUGGUGAUGAAGAUCAAGCUAGGGCACUUGGAGACUCUUGUUCGUCGCUUUCUCUCUCUAGGAAUUGCUCUAUCUCUCUCAAAACUCGAAUCCCCUUCUCUUUGGCUGAAAAUCUGCUUAAAAAGGCAUCAGUGGCCAAAGCACGGUCGAGGGCACGGCCGUGUAAUGCCUCAGCCCGCCCGUGUUUUGGCUAGUGUUAAUUACACGGCCACCUGUUGGAAGAAACACGGCCGUGCUUUUGGAUGGACACGGCCGUGCUUUGGUGGACACGGCCGUGCUUUCAGCCCGUAUUUUUAGCCAAUGUUUGCCAAACAAAAUUUGCUCUCGGCAGUAAAAGCACGGCCACAGAACACGGCCGUGUUCUGUUUUAGGUCUGCCCGUGUUUUGGCUCCAGCUUGACGAAAUGACUUCCGAAUGCCCCGAAACUCGUGCUUAGCCUUUCCUUUGACGCUUGGGACCUGAAAUAUGACAAAAUAGCACAACCCGGCGUAAAAUAGGCCAAAAUACACGAAUAUGCCUCUCAAACGGAUAAGAAUUAGGGGUGCAAAUACGUGCAAUUACAUCGUUAUCAAAUUCCCCCACACUUAACCGUUUGCUUGUCCCCAAGCAAACCAAGUCAGACACAAGGUAAGCUCAAAACAACAAGGCAUGACAUAUCGGCACAAAACACGUGGAUCAUACUGCCUUUCAAUCAGUAACACAUGGACAAAUUCAAUGACAACCUAGACAACCACCACAGAUGACAUUCGAAUGCAGUAAAACCGAGCAAAGGAAGAGUCUCCCUACUGUUCACCAACCAACAUAGACUUGACUCAACCACUUGUGCAAAACAGUCACAUCAUGCACAAAGUUCAAGAUAUCAGAAUUAAGACCGAGCAAUCUAGGUCCUCACCGGGAUAAAGAGUAAAGAGAAUAAGAGGAAACGAAUCGCUCACUCUCGACCAGUGGGGUCAGGACAAUAUGAUGCGAAAAAUGCGCAUGCUUAAUCUCUCAAUCCCUAAAAUCUCUUCAUCAUGAAUGCAGCCUCUAAGUGCUAGAGUUCACAUAUGGGGUGUCAUCACUAACUAAUCCGGAGGUCUUAGACACAGGUUCAGAUGACUGGCUAGGGUCUUGGACAUGGGAAAAUGCCUUCUAGGUGGUGGAAGUAUUCAUACAGCACAAGGUUCCACAUUUCCAAACCCAACAGACUCACAAUCAAUCAAACCAAUAACUUUCUUUCUGCUAUUCUGCAUUACUCAUGUUCAAAGCACAAUAGCGAAGGAGGUUACAUAAAUGCUAGUAUUUCUAAGCCAGACUGCUAAGAAACACUACUACAUGGGCAUUAUUCAAAUUUUUGGGGGUGGCUCUCUUUUGCUUUCAUUUUUUUUUUCUUUGUUUUUCUGUCAUUAUUUUUCAUUUCAUAAGAGAACCAACGCCUCUGCACAAUUUCAAACACCUGCCCAACUUUUAAGCACUACCUCCAACCCUCACAUUACGUUUAGCAGAAACAGCAGAGAAUAUGUAAAUAUCACUCUGUGGAACCUUCUAAAAGAUGCAAAAGGGUGACUUUUCAUUGAAGACCGAAAUAAAGGAAAACACAUGGCUCAAAGGGGCUGACUAGGGGUAUGACACACCAGGACAGUCAAUUUGGUCGUGGGCUAAUCCUAUGCCUCCAUCAUCUUAGCUAAUGACAACGCGAAUGCUGCACAUCAUGGAAGAGGAAACUAUCGCACAAGAAAGAAACGAGCAGGCUCAAAUCUCACAUGGCUACCUAUAUGCUCUAUCUCUCGUUCUGAUUCCCUGAACUAGAUGCAUAAAUGACUGUCAAAAGCAAGUGAUCAAACCAAGUCACAUUUGGUGAGCAGAUAGUUGAAAAAAAACUGAACCCCUACACAAUUCUACUACACAUCUCAGUCAUCACAAUAAGUUGUCUAAGUCACACUCAAGUUUUCAUGUAUCAAGUCAAAAGCCAUUCAAUUCACUAAUCACAUCCACAGUGCCAAUACGAUCAAUCAUCAAGCAAACAGCCGUGCUUGGAGCCCUCAAAUCUCGAGAUUUGGACAGUGGACUAGGCUCCAAGCACACAUAUAUACGUUCCAAUUCAUACAAAGAACCACCCCCCCCCCCCCCCCACAAUUAAACGCGAAAAAUGUCC